UUCAUUUGUACACAAAAGCAUGUCAUUCCGUGAUUUGAGAAAUUUUACGGAAAUAAUGAGAGUUCUUGGUUAUCCCAGGCUCAUUUCUGUCGGAAAUUUUCGAUUACCAAAUUUUCCAUUGGUUGCGGAAAUUCUUGUCUGGCUGGUCAAAAGAUUUGAUCCAGAUGCAGAUAUAUCUGGCGAACAUAAUACCGAAGAAGAACGUAUUUCAUUAAUACGCGCUGUUGCUGAAUUCAUGGCUCUGAAAACAAAUGUCAAAUUGAACACAAAGAAAUUAUACCAAGCUGAUGGCUAUGCUGUAAAAGAGUUAUUGAAAGUAGCUACAUUAUUAUAUGAUGCUCAAAAUAAUAGUAAUAAUAGUAAUAUAAUGUCAGAUGAUAAUUUUAAUGUAGUUAGUUUUGACAUUUCUGAUAAAAUAAAUGAAUUGAAGUCAACUAGGCAACUGGCUAGUCAAUUGACUGUUACUGGUGCAUCGCUAUUUGAUUUAUUAGGACGUGAAGUGGAUUUGAGAGAAAUUCGUAAUUCAAAGGUUGCUAGGCAAUUUGAUACAUCUGAAAUUGAGGCUGCCUUAAAAGAUGUUAUUGAAAAUAUACAUAAAGAAAUUGAUGAUACCAAAAAACAAAUUGAGAAUGUAAAGGAUACAGAACAAAACUUAGAUACAAGAAUUGAAAGGCGACGUGCAGAACUUGACAGGAAUCAAAAGAGAUUGCAAACAUUAAAAAAAGUACGUCCAGCUUUUAUGGAGGAAUUUGAAAAGCUUGAAGUUGAAUUGAGGGCAUUAUACGAUGACUAUAUUCAAAAAUUUCGUUAUCUCGCAUAUCUAGAACAUCUAUACGAAGAUGCAGCUAAAGCAGAACAAGAAAGAUUCGAAAGACGGCAAGAAGCAACACGAAAACAAUUAGAAAAGAUGAGAGCAGAAGAUGCGAAUUUUGAAAGCAUGAUGGAAGGAAAUGACUCUAUAUUACCCACUAAUCUUCAAGAACCUCCACCUCCUCUUGCUAAUACAGAAAAACAAAAUACCGAAAAAACAACACCAAGUAGUCGGUUGAAAUCAGCUGGCCGAUCAUCAAGGAUGCAAAUAUCACAGCGUCGUAUUUACGGAAGCAUGUCUGGACGCCAGAGAGGAACUAUUCAAGAAUCAAAUGACAGUGGUGGUUCGCUAGACAGUGACAGUGAUUUGUUAAUCGAUGGUGAUCUCGAUGACGAUGACGACGACGAUAUUCUGGAUUCUGUAGGAGGACCAGAAAUCGGGAAUUUUGAUUUGAAGGUUGGACAAGAAAAACGAGCCGUUAGUAAGCUAGAUCAUUCGGAUGAGGAUUUUUAA